AUGCAUGGACUAACGGAUCACAUCCUCCGCAUCCUCUCCCAGCAUUGGAUAGCGGUAUCUUUGACGGCCCUGGCGUUGUGGCUAGUCAAGAAUCGAUAUCACAAUGGCCUCAAUAAGUAUCCAGGUCCGCUAUUAGCCUCUCUCACAGACUGGUGGCGCUUCUUGGACGUCUAUGGUCGAAGGCCUGAAGUCACUCAUCGCGCCCUGCAUAGGAAAUACGGCGAUGUCGUUCGUCUUGGCCCAAAUACUCUUUCAUUUUCGGACCCUCGGGCUCUCAAGUCGAUAUAUGGCUUGAACAAAGGGUUUAUCAAGUCUGAAUUCUACGUUGUCCAGCAAUCCAUUGCUAGAGGCCACCGCUUGCAGUCGUUGUUCAGUUCAACAGACAACGACUUCCAUGCUAGAUUCCGCCGUUGCGUAAACUCGGCAUUUGCCAUGUCAGCAUUGGUUCAAUAUGAGCCGUUUGUCGACAAUACAACCAAGCUGUUCCUGGAACAAACAAGAAAAUUCUAUGUCAACAACCCCGAAGGAUGUGACUUUACCCAGUGGCUGCAAUUUUACGCCUUUGAUGUCAUUGGAGAGAUCACCUAUAGCAAGAGACACGGUUUCGUGGAAAAGAACAAGGACAUUGAUGGCAUUGUUGCGUACCUGUCAUGGCUGUUUCUCUACGUUGCACCAAUUGGGCAAAUUCCUUUCCUUGACCGUCUUCUUCUCAAGAAUCCAAUCUACCUCAAGCUCUCGCAAUGGGGUUUCAUCGAUGCUACCUUCCCCGUGGCACGAUUCGCCAGCAAUCGCAUGGCCGAGAGACUCCCAGAGCUGUCUCAAGGGAAGUCUGCAACAGAGCUUGGCGUCAAGUCUCCCGACCUUCUCUCCAAGUUCUUGGCUGCACAUGAGGCCCAUCCUGAGUUCAUGAGCGAGACAUUGGUCCAGACCAUGGCUGUGAGCAUGGCAUUUGCAGGCUCCGAGACCACGGCUAUCAGUCUUUCAGCCGUUUUCUACUUUUUGCUCAAGAAUCCCGACGCAUUGAAGCGUCUUUUAUCUGAAAUCGAUGAUGCCGCUCGCGCUGGAGCCUUUGGAGACUCCGAGACAGGUCUUGUCACUUGGCACGAGAGUCAGCGACUUCCUUACCUGGAUGCCUGUGUCAAAGAAGCUUUCCGGCUACAUCCUGCCGCAGGACUUCCCCUGGAGCGUAUAGUUCCGGAACAAGGCGCAGAGAUUGCCGGCCAUUUUGUUCCAGGGGGCACGAUCGUUGGCUGCUCUGCUUGGCUGAUUCAUAUGAAUAAGGGCAUAUUUGGUGAUGAUGCCGAGUUUUAUCGUCCUGAGCGUUGGCUCCCAGAUGAAGAGCUUAGCAAGACAGACAGAGGAAAGGAGGCCGAAGAUCGUCGCAUCAAGGAAAUGAAUGGGACAAUGUUCCAGUUUGGAAUGGGCAGUCGCACCUGCAUUGGGAAGAAUAUCAGUUUGCUUGAGAUCUACAAGCUCGUACCCAGCAUGCUACGGCGAUUCGAGAUCCAAUUCCAAGAUCCCUCUCAAGAGUGGGAAUUGAUCAAUGCAUGGUUUGUUAAACAAAAUAACUUUACUACGACAUUCAAGCUGAGGGAGAUUGUGAAACCGGAGGGCAGCUCUGCCUCUUGA